AUGAUUGGAUGGCUAGUAAAUGAGAGCCGGGCAAUGCUAAUGUGGAUUAAAUGGCAGUCGCAAGUACAAUAUUCUGUUUUUAUUUAUUUGUUGAUCAAGAAGAUAAAAGAAGAUGAGACGAUAGCGUGCGAGAUGAGCAAGGUGGAGAAGAUUUAUGUGACUGUGCUUCCAAUGACUAUCGACGAGUAUGUUGAUGGGCAGCAGCAUGCAAUUAGCACUAUGACUGAGUCUGAGUCUCUUGGAGGGCUCAAGGUGGAGCUGAUUGGAAAUGACACGGUUGUCCAUGAAACUCUUGGAAAUAGCGACAUGACACACAAGGUGAUGCAUCUUAAAUCGAAGAUCCCAACGAUUCUUCAUAGUGUGAUUCCAGAAGAUGCAUUUGUUGUUGAAGAGAUUUCACACAAUGCACGUACCAGGUGUCACACCGUGUACAAGAACAGAUACUUUUCGCACGACACAUUCAAGAUGGCUUUUUACACAGUCAACAUGGAUGGGCAUGAGAUCCACGAAAACCCGUUUGAAUAUUGUGCAGAGCAAGCAGGCACAAUUGAGAAGGUGCAUAUUGAUCUCCAUUGCAACCCUGUUGAUCCGCUCUUUGAUCCCUCUGCUUAUUACCAUGAAGAGAGCGGAAGAGGACGGCUUACCGAUGGGUGGAUCAGUGUGUACCGAAGCAAAGGCAUCCCGAUGAUGGUGUCAUACAAGCACCUGAGCGUGGAGGUCAACAACUUUAUGAUGGGCAAAUGGGUUUCCGAUGAGAUCGAAAAGUCGAUGCGGAGCAUGAUUACCUCUCUACAGCAGAGGAUAUUCUGCACAAUGCACGAGUGGUACAAGCAUCCAGAGCAUAGACAUCGUGAGUAG